AGAGAUUUUUGCGCAGGUUAGGUUAAACGCCAUUGUUUGUUGUUUUGCAGCUUGCAUCAGCUGUCAGUGUUGUCCUCUGAGAUGUUGUUUUUUCGAAGGAAUUAUUCGUAAAUAGUGAUUCGUUUCUUGAAAGUAAAUUGUCGUUUCUUUGGUUUGCCGUGCUCGAUUAUCUCCGGAUUAACCCCUGUAUCAUCACUGAUUGUUGUGAAUGCAACGGUUAUAGAACACCAAAUACUUUUGUAUUCUACUAAUUAGCAGGGUGCCAAAGGAAUAAGGAACUAAAAUGGUUUGCGACAAAUGUGAGAAGAAAUUGGGGAAAGUCAUAACCCCUGACCCUUGGAAGUCUGGUGCACGAAAUACAACUGAAGGAGGCGGACGCAAAAUUGGAGAAAACAAAGCCUUAACAGCACGAUCAAGAGCUUCUCCUUACACAACUUCAUUUAACUGCUGUCGAAUUUGUAGACAAAAAGUCCAUCAGGCUGGUUCACAUUAUUGUCAAGCAUGUGCCUACAAGAAAGCAAUUUGUGCCAUGUGUGGAGUGAAAAUGUUGAACACUAAAAACUACAAGCAGUCUGCAGCCUAAUUUCUGAAUCUGCUGUGACGUUUAUGAACUCCGUUGUUCCAUUGUUGUGUGAAAUGUCAAACGUGUUAAAUAUGGGUUAUGAAUUAUUUAUAUUUCAUUUAGGUUGUUUAUAGAUAUUCUGAAAUUUUGUUAAUACUGUCCUUAUCUGAAUUAAUAUCUUUGCAAAGCAAGUAACUAAGUUAUUAUUUCUGAUUUGCUGUUAAUAUAAUUGUGAAUAGUGACAAAUGCAGAGGUGUUAUCAUGCCUUCAUUAAAUAUUCGUUCCAUCUCUUAAAA